AUGAGAACUCAUAUUCUCAUCUUGAGACUUGAUUUCUUAACUACUUUUGCGCGUGCGUGGCUGAUCUCUUUCAAUCUUGGUUCCGCGUCCGCGACUGUUGCAUCCGCAACUGCUGUUCCUGCUGCGUCCGCAACUGCUGUUCCUGCUGCGUCUGCAACUGCUGUUCCUGCUGCAUCCGCAACUGCUGUUCCUGCUGCGUCCGCAACUGCUCCCUCCCUCACCUUUUCCGAAGCAUCCUCCGGGAUGCGCGGAUGCAAUCCAUACAACAGGUAG